AUGAGUCGGCCAGGUUCGACGGUGUCAUAUGCUCGUAAUGAACAUUUGAAUACAGCCCUUUAUGCUGCUUCGCCUGCCCCAGAGCCAGCUAUCGCAUCCCAUUCCUCGAUGUCCCACCAGGAAGAAAUGGAACGCUUUACUACGAUCCUGAGGGACCUGGAGAGCCUAAUCAUUCAGUUGCCCAUCCAAUCACUGGCUGCCCUUCCUCCCAAUCACGAUCUUCGUCACCUUGUUCGGCAGAUCCUGUUUGUCGCAGCGAAUUCCAUGGACCACAACCGCACUCCCCUCCAUAUGUCUCAGAAGAUUUUGUGCCGCUCGUUUGAAGAUGUUGCUAAAGAGGCUAUUACAUGGCCGCUGCUCUAUGCGGAGGAUGAGCGCAAACUUAACAUUCCUGUCACUGUGACUCUGCUACGCAGCGGAUUUAUCAGCACUUCGCUUCAGGAUCAACAGCUGGCGAAGAAUUUGUUUACUGAUCUUCGCCCCAGUUUGCAAAACUUCGCAGCGGGUCUCAUUUGCGAAUGUCUAUCAAGUGAUCCCGCGGUUGCUUCCCAGAGUCAGUUGGCAUUUUCUAUUGAAGUUCUUGGACAGUUAGCACAGGCUGGCGAUGCCAAUGAAGGGGUGAUUCGCAUUCUUGACGAUGUUCGAGUUCCCUCAAGCCAGAAACCGAGCAGCUCAAAAAAGUCGUUCAGCCAGUCCCAGCAAUGGGUUUUCAUCUUCCAAAGGUCUCAGUCUCCGGAGAAAGCUUUCGGCGUCCCCUUCAUCUCCCAGCUCACGAAGCAGUGA